CAGCUGUCACUGUCACGAAUGUGGUCACGAAAGAGCGAUUUAUUAAAUUUGUAUUUUCCAAGUUAUUUACACAAAUAAAGAAUAUUUGAAAACAAAAGUAAUGUUUACUACAAGGCUUAUUCCAACACUCAAGCCAUAUUCCCUUCAAAAGGUUAACUAUGUAACAAAAGCGGCCAAGCCGGAGAUUCCGAAGAAUCCGCUUCGCGAUGUUUACUCGGCGUCGAGCCAGUCGAGCAACGGCAUCGUGUAUGACCGGAAGCCGUUCAAGGUGACUCUGGAGGCCGGCAAGACCUACAGCUGGUGCCUGUGCGGCCGCUCCAAAAACAAUCCGCUCUGUGAUGGCACACAUAAAGAUAUCUACCUCAAAGUCACGCAAAGACCAAUUAGAUUCACUGUGGAGAAGACAAAAGAGUACUGGCUGUGCAACUGCAAGCAAACCAAGAACAGGCCCUUCUGUGACGGCACACACAAGUCCAAAGAGGUGCAGGAAGCCACCAAUGUCAAAGUGGGCUAGCAUGCAUUGCAUAAUUUAGUAGAAUUUCUUUUAAGACCUAAUGUAUUAAAAGAUCAUCCUAGUGCUUAAUUUAUAAAAUAGAUAGAAUAUUGUGAAGAUUGUUAUUAUAUUGUUAAACAUACA